GCUCCGUCGCCGGCUGCCGCCAUUGCUAUUUAUCUGAACUUCUCGUAUCUUCUCUCUCUACCUAAGUAGUUAUGGCGGAAAAGCUUAUGCAUGCGGUUCAGUGCGAUUCUUAUGGAGGAGGUGCUGCUGGUCUGAAGCAUGUUGAAGUUCCUAUUCCUAAGCCAAGUAAAGGUGAGCUUCUGUUAAAAGUUGAGGCUACUAGCCUAAAUCCGGUCGAUUGGAAAAUACAGAAAGGCAUGUUGCGCCCUCUUUUCCCCAUCAAAUUCCCUUGGAUACCAGCUACUGAUGUAGCAGGAGAGGUGUUAGAUGUUGGACCUGGAGUAAAAAAAUUCAAAGUUGGUGAUAAAGUUGUGUCCAUGCUAGACAUUUUUAAAGGUGGAGGACUAUCGGAGUACGCCGUGAGUAGCGAAAAACUGACUGUUUGUAGACCGCCAGAGGUAUCCGCAGCUGAAGGUGCUGGGCUGCCUGUGGCUGGCCUUACAGCUCUCCAAGCCCUCACUUAUCACGCCGGUAUUACCCUCGAGAAAACCACCACCUCCACCACCAACAUCCUCAUCACCGCCGCUUCCGGUGGUGUAGGCCAAUUCGCAGUCCAGCUGGCAAAGCUAGGCAACGUCCACGUCACUGCCACUUGUGGGGCCCGCAACAUAGACCUCGUUAAAAGCCUAGGUGCGGACGAGGUUCUCGACUACAAAUCCCCCGAAGGAGCAGCACUGAAAAGCCCGUCAGAUAAGAAAUACGACGUGGUGAUCCAUUGUGCAACGCCUAUUCCGUGGUCUACUUUCGAGCCCAAUCUUAGCUCGAAAGGGAAGGUCGUAGAUAUAGCUCCUGGGGCUACCGCAUUCUGGACGGCUAUUGUGAAGAAACUCAGCUGCUCGAAAAAACAGCUGGUGCCGAUUCUUUUGUUCCCGAAAGCUAAAAACCUGGAUUAUCUGGUUGGGUUGGUGAAAGAAGGGAAACUUAAAACCGUAAUCGACUCGAAAAAUCCUUUAAACAAAGCAGAAGAGGCUUGGGCCAAGAGCAUUGAUGGGCAUGCUACCGGUAAAAUUAUCGUUGAACCAUAGUUGAAUGGUUGGACUUAUAAGUCUUUUAUAUA